GCAGAGAUGACCGUUUCCCUCACCUCAACAGAGGGAAACUGAGGCCAGAGGUGAGGAGGGACUUGCCAAGGGCACACAGCAAGUGGCAGGGGCAGGCUGAACGUCUGGUUCUGUCUGUUUGUAAACACUAUUGAGGGGAAACAGAUGGUUUCUGAGAGGCCCGAGAGCCAACGGCCAGGAAGCCUGGCAUUGCCCAGGGUGCUGGGCGCCCCUGCUCCACCUGAGCCUGCUGUCCCUGCAGUGUCCUCAGCCUGGGGGGGCUGCGUGGAGGUGGACUCAGAGACCGAAGCCGUGUACGGGAUGACCUUCAAAAUUCUGUGCAUCUCCUGCAAGCGCCGCAGCGAGACCACCGCCGAGACCUUCACAGAGUGGACCUUCCGCCAGAAGGGCACGGAGGAGUUUGUCAAGAUCCUGCGCUAUGAGAACGAGGUGCUGCAGCUGGAGGAGGAUGAGCGUUUCGAGGGCCGUGUGGUAUGGAACGGCAGCCGGGGCACCAAGGACCUGCAGGACCUGUCCAUCUUCAUCACCAACGUCACCUACAACCACUCCGGCGACUACGAGUGCCACGUCUACCGCCUGCUCUUCUUUGAGAACUAUGAGCACAACACCAGCGUCGUCAAAAAGAUCCACCUUGAGGUGGUGGACAAAGCCAACAGAGACAUGGCGUCCAUCGUGUCGGAGAUCAUGAUGUAUGUGCUCAUCGUGGUGUUGACCAUAUGGCUCGUGGCAGAGAUGGUUUACUGCUACAAGAAGGUCGCCGCGGCCACGGAGGCCACCGCACAAGAGAAUGCCUCGGAAUACUUGGCCAUCACCUCAGAAAGCAAAGAGAACUGUACGGGUGUCCAGGUGGCUGAAUAGCCCGGGUAAGGCCCUGGGCUCCACCUCAAGGAAGAGCCAGCCCUAAUGGGGAACAUCUGGGCACAGCCUGCCCCCAGGGGGGGUUGGCCAUUCCUGGGCCUCCACGAGCCUCAGAGUCCUGCCAACGGAGCUGCCAGGGUGGGAGGGGGCAGGGGGCUUGGCUCACACCCCCGAUCCAGCCCACUUCCUCCUGCCCCAUCGCCCACCCACGCCAUGCAUGAUGGGUAAAGCAAUACUGCCGCUGCCCCCACCCCUGCUUCUGCUGCCUGUUUAGGAGGGGGGGCGGUGAGGUGGGGGCAGCGGCUCCGCACCCCUCCUUCUUGCUGAUUUGCACACAUUGGCCGCUUCAGAUGCACACUACUGGGGCCCAGCCCCUCCCUGCCCCCCUCCUCCGCCCAGCGGGGGGGUUCGUGAUGGGCCGGCACAGUUUGGGGCAGGGGGUUCUGGACCCACUCCGACCCGACCCCCAGAGACAUUUCCCCUCCUUCCUCUGGCUGGACCUGGGGUCCCCUCUCCCUGUGAUGCACUCUUGCCCCAGCCCAACCCUGCCCUCUCUCACCAGCCUUGGACUGUGGCCACUUAGAAAGGCCCAUUCAGCCUCUUCUCUCUUCACAAGAGUAGUUUUGUUCAUGAAAUAAAGAUUCUUGGACUUGAUUCAUA